CCAAACAAGCCCUAAGUUCGUAACUUGUAAGACUUGUAAUCGUUGAUAUUUUAGUUAUUUUUUAAUUUUUUUUUGACAAGUAGUUACAUCUAAAUAAUAUCUAAUUAUUAUACCCCGUAUUACUUUUUAGUUUUUACCCCUUUGGAGCUUUAGACUCUCUCAUUGAAGCGGCUCCUGAGCUUUCUCUCUUCCAUUGAAGCGGUCCCUCUAACUUUCCUCAAUUGAAGCGGCUUCUGUGGCUGAAUAUAUUACUCCACAAUAUGGACACAGAAUUUAACUGGGAAGAUUAUUUUUCCGGAGAUAUGCUGGAAUUAAUUCGUGAUAAUCCGGAAGAAGUAGAAGUUGCUAAAAAAGAAUCGUGUGCUGAUCAGGCAUGUUGAGACUGAGAAGAGUUCGAAGCCAUCAGAUGUUCAAAAACUUGUGCCUCCUAACUUCGAUAUUUAAGCACUAAAUAUAAUUGAGUUUUUCUCUGUUAUUAUACAAAGGGAUACAACACAGGGGGAUGAUAUUAAUGAUUUUGAAAUUUAUGGUCAUAUAAAAUUGACUAAUGAUUAUGGUAAAGAGUUUUUUCUCUUCAAACAACACCGCCGUCAACCAGUGACUGUCUGUAUGCUGGACAAGGGACGUGCAAUCCUUCCUAAAUUCCAAGGCUACCAACCUCGAUGGGUACCAAAAUAUUUUUGGUUAAAGUUGUAUCUGGUAGACAAGACUUGGAAUGUCACCAUUGUAUUUGUUGGAUUUCCGACAUAAGGUUGUUUAUGACAAAGAACAAUCAGUAAUUUAUGAUAGUAAAGGUAAAGGGUAUGGGAUUGUCACUUUGAACUAUACUGUAUUCCGCAGUGCACUCUUUGCUCUAACUACUCUUGGAGUUUAUAAGAAUGGAAGUGGUAUUGAAAAUGAUAAAACUGAUGAAGUUGCGACUGUCAGUGGUAGCAUUUCUGCUAGUACUAAUGUGAAGGGUAAGAGGGAACUUUCACGCGUGCUCUGUGAUACAUCCAUAUCUUUGACCAUGAAUAAUGAUGAUACUAGGCUGCCUGUGGUCGCUGUGCCAGCUUAUUCAUUACUUCGAAUCAAACCAGACUUGGUAGUUAAUGGUGAACGAAUUGUCACUGGUGAUGACACUUUGGAAUGCAAACCUGAAGCAGGUAAUGAACCGUGUUAUAAGAAAUUCAUGGGGGAAAAUUGGUGCAUCCGUUUGGGAUUGUUUUUUAUCCAUCCAUAUGGUUGCCUUCGGGAUAUAGAUGAGUAUGAGUUUAUUGGUGAGCUAAUAAGCUAUGAUAAUUAUAAAAUAAUAUAUGAAGAUGAUUAUGGGUCCUCGGGUAGUGAUGAUGAAAAUCUUUUGGUUCGGGGAAUUAGUACCAUUGAGGAAUCUCAACAAAAGAGGUUCUGGCCAAAACAAUUUUCUCGAGAACUUGUUGAGGUGUUCUCUGUUUAUGUUGGUUCUUUUAGUCAUGAAUGUACUUUGAGUGUCUCUGGAACAAUCAAGUAUGAAACAAUCAGCUUUGAAAAUGAGUUUAAAGGUUAUCUUAUCUUCGAGAGAGAGGAAAUGAAACCUGAAGCAGUGUUUCCCUAUAAGCCUAUAUCGUUGCUAAAGCCUUGUAAUUGUUAUGAGGCCGACAAUGGUUACUUUGCUAUGCAUCUUGACCUGAAGGAUGUAGGAGGGCGUGAAAUCAGUAACGGUUGUAUGAAGUGGCAUCCUCAUAAAACACAUAUGUGGUAUGACAAGCGCAUAUCCUCUGUUAUUACAGGUGAACACGGUUUUGCCUGUGUGCAUUAUGUGAUCUUCCAUGAAGCAGUAUCUGCAAGAGUUCGUGUCAGACUACUGUCUUUAAAUUCUCCAUUUGAAGUUUAUGGGAGUAUUUAUGCUAGGUAUAGUGAGUACAGGUGCUCUACAAACUACGAAAAGAAAUUUUAUCGAAGCAUGUUGUUUAAAAAGGAAAAGUCAGAAGUUGUGGAGUGGUGUGGUCAAAGAUCAUCAAAUUCUGAUUAUUAGCAAUUGACAUACCAUUGUCAAAAGAUUUAGUCGCUGUACAAUCUAGUACUAAAUUGAUUUUGGAUGUGAAAUUACAUGUUCAGGUUGGAGGUAAAAUAGAAGAGACAAUCAGAGGUGAGCUAAAAUUUGAUCCUGAAGGUUCAACUAUGAUAUGUGCCAAGAAAAUCGAAGGGCAAAAGCCACAAGUCCAUCAUUUAUUAGUAGUGGAAGUUGAAUGGAGUUGAAUACUUUGCUUUUAUGGCCUUUUUUUAUGAUAUGUUAAACUUUAAUUAAUAGCAAUGUUUUAUUUAAUUUUUUGCUCAAAGUUUCUUUGUUGUUUUUUUACUAAUUUGACAGGAUUACUUCUGUAACAUAUAACAUAUGAAGUUUGUUUCAAAAAAAACAUCCAAAGUUAGUUCUCAAAAUUCAUGUUU